AUGAUUGGGGUCAGCGCGCGUAGACUGGCCGGGUACCCCAAGGCCUCCUUCCACGAGCAGAAUAUAAACCCCUUCUCGAAUGUGCAGUGGAAAAGCACCCCCUUCCUAAAGAAGAACAUGCCGAAGACGGACAUCUUCGCAGAAGAACACGUGUCAAAAAAUGCCAUCAGCGUAUUCGACAGGGAGAAGGGAAACUGGUUUGUUAUCGACGCCUACAACAAAAGCGUCGGAAGUCUCAGUGUGUGUAUUAGCAAGUUACUGCAAGGGAAGUACCGAGUUGAUCACAACCCAAACAGAGUAAACAGCAGUAGUGUCAUAGUAGUAAAUGCAAUCCAUGUGAAGUUCUAUGGCCACACAUGGGACACGAAGAUAUACAAAUUUCCCAGAAAGAGUCACUCCAAGGGACCCAAAAUUUUAACAUGUAAAACAGUUUUCGCUAAAAACCCUUCGAUGAUUUUAAACUUAGCUGUUAAGAGGAUGCUUCCAAACAAUAGACUACGUCAGUUAUAUUAUAGGAAGCUGUUUGUCUACCCGGGGGCUAUCCACCCGCACUGGGGCAUACCUCAGGUGAUCGUUCCCAAGAGGGACAUGGACCGCAAUGGCGGCCAGCAAGUCGUGAAGGCAUUCACAGUCGUUUAA